CGGUAAAAAUGGCUGAUUUGAAACAAUCUGUUUGUGCAGUUUGUUUGGAAAAAAAAGGCGAAUAUUCAAAAUUACUAUCAAAAGUACAACCAUCCAUAGCAAAUACAAUCAAGGAGUAUAUUUGGCCUGAGUGCAAUGAAGAAUUUACUGUCUGCCCUGACGUAAUUUGUUCAAAUUGUAGAAGAAACAUCUUUUUGCAGGAGAAAGGAUCAAGCACUUAUUUUUCAAACUGGAUGAGUAAAGCUUCUCAAGUUGACAGACCAAAAAUUAGACGCAGUACUGAACUUUGUGAUAUUAUUCAAUCAUCUCAUGUUAAAACACAAGCUGUAGGACAUCUAAAGGAUAAUAUAUGCAGUUGCUGCUUUUCUCUCCUUGAAAAAGGAGGUCAUAACAACUGUUGUUCUAGUCAGGCUGUUUUGAACCUAAUUAAUUUGUCAGAAAACCUUGGUCCCACAUCAUGCGAGCAAGUUGCUUCAGGCAUAAUUAAAAACAAGCGAGGAGGCAUUGAGAGAGGCCAGUCUUUUAAAAUAUCUACAGGUGGGAAUCCAUUAUCUUUAACUGUUGGAACUAAAGACAACAAAUCUUCAAGAAAAUCUUUUAAUCAGAUAUCAUUCCAAACUGUUAUGGAAUUAACUUCUAUACUGGAAUUGACAAAAAAUCAAACAAAAAAAUUGAUAUCUAGUCUGCGUAAGAAUCUGGGAUCAUCUACUGUUGUUGAGAACAAUGUAGUUAGCAUGAUGUUAUCGUUACAACAAGAAAUUGAAUCUAAAUAUAAAAUAGAACAAGAUAAUUUUAUUUGGAUUGAUGAAACUGUCACAAGAGAUAUAUUAUUUAUUCAUGACACUUCUGAAUUUAUUCUUAGUAUUUUAACGGAAAGAAGCUUGAAUCCUCUCUUCAGUAUGGUACGUAUAUCCAUUGAUGGAGGUCAAGGGUUUCUUAAAGUAAUUGUAAAUGUCUUUGAUAAGGCCAAUAAAAAUGAGAUGUAUAUUGACAGUGGAGUUAAGAAGUGUUUUAUUCUUGCUAUUGUUGAAUAUAUUAAAUCGUUAAAAUCGAUUAAAGACGUUACGUAUUACCUUGCAUUUGACUUAAAAUGUGCUAACAGCCUCUUCGGUUUAUCUUGUCAUUCCGGUAAAUAUGCCUGCUUGUGGUGUGAAGGUGAAUGUUCCCUAGAAAGUGGUACUCCCAGAACGUUAGGUUCUCUUGAUCAUUGGUACAAGUUAUUUGUUGAAAAUGGGGCAAAGCGAUUGCAGAUGAAAGAUUUUAAAAAUGUGAUUAGUCCCCGUCUUGUUUAUUUUGAUAAAAAUCCUGAUGAUGAAAUUAAUCACAUAGUUCCACCACCAGAAUUACAUCUUCUUAUGGGGAUUGAAACGAUACUUGGUAGACUACUUUUAGAUCAUUGGCCUCUGUUUACAAAUUGGCUCAAAGAACAUUAUAUUUUACUCCAAGGUUAUCAUGGGAUAGGCUUUGAUGGCAAUAAUGCCACAAAAUUUCUAGAAAAAGUAGAUAUUUUAGAAAGAGAUGUUUUAGCAUCUCAAACUAAUUUAAUACCUUUUGUUCAUUGCCUCAGAAAAUUUUCAAAGGAUCAUAUGACGAACAGACUGGAGAGGCUGUUCACAGUGGCUUUAAACCAAGUUGGUCUCGAUAUAAGCGAAGGAUUGGGUAUACAGAUUAUGAUUUGUUUGAAAGAACGAACUGAUAUAACUCAAAACAAACUUCUCAACACGUUUAGUGUCUUUCCUAAAGAGUAUGAAAUAACAUUUGAAGCUUGUUUUACAUCAUUUCCUAGUAAUUCUAUAACUUUUUGGUUAAACCUUUUUAACUUCAACACAGGAAAUAGCGAUGAAAGUAGUACGCGUGUUAUAGGUAUAUGGUACAACACAAAUGGAGGUAUGAAUUUUCACGCAUCAAUUAAUAAUCUUGAUUACUCACAAACUUAUGCAAGUGCUUUUACGUUAGGUUGCAGUCAUUAUUUAAUAAGUCAGCAACUAACUCAAUACUAUAACUUUACAAUAAACAUAUCAGGAAAAAAUAUAUUUACUACAGAAAACACUGGCGCAAAAGAAUUUAACAAUGUUAAAAUGUUUCUUUCUGACCCUUGGCACAACGCACUAUCAGGUUACAUAAAAAACCUUUUAGUAACAAAAAAAUGUUCAGAGUUGUUUGCCGUUGUGAACAAGACUGACAUCCUUUCUAGCAACCUUCUUCAAACAAUUGCCGUUUUUCCAAUAGAAUACGAAAUAAUAUUUGAAGUCUGCUUAACUUCAUUUACUUCUGGAAAUUUUUCGUCUACAUUGUCUAACGUGUUUUAUUUUACUAGUGGUAGCAAAGCUUGCGUGGUAUGUAUGUGGUUUUCUCCCAAAGGAGAAAUGCAAAUAUCAGCGUUGAUAAAUAGUACUACUUAUAGUUUUAUUUCAAAACCUUUUGAAUUAGGAUGCAAGCAGUAUAGAAUAAAUCAGAUCCUAAAUCAGGGUAAUUAUGUUUUUACGAUCCAUGUUGAUGGGUGGGUUCUUUCAACAGUCAAAACCAUUGCUCCGCAAGAGUUUAAGAAUGUACAAAUAUACAUAUCGGAUUCGUGGACUAUACCACAGACCGGAGUCAUAAACAACUUUACUUUAACAAAUGGAUGUUCAGCUUUAUAUUCUUUAUACAUUUUCAACAGUUCUUUAACCGUAAUGCCACCGAUUUCACGAUUAUGGAUUUAUAUUUUACUUUAA